AUGCAUUGGCGGGCAAUCGAAGGGCACUCCUGUUUGAUUCGAGGGCCUGAGCAAGGGUUGAGCUUCAUGAGAGGUCAUUUUAGCGUAGCGUUCAGAAUUUCCUAUAAAUUCACUCAAACAAUCUUUGAUGGACUGGGAAUCGACCCCACAUAGUCGCUAUCUGGGCAAAAUUCUAGUUUUGUAGAUAUGAUUUUUCAAAGUUUUUAUCCUUAACCAUGUGACGCUGUUUGGAAGGAAUCUAGCCGCGCCGCCAACCUUUGCACGGCAGCUAAGAGCGUAGUGCAGUGGCUAGCGCGCUAUCCUGUGGAGCCCAUCACGAGGGUUCGAAUCCUUUUGCCGCCAACUUUUUUUUUGCCAUUUUUUUCAGAGAUUUCCCAUGAGAAUAUUCAAAUUUUAUGAGUAAUACCGUUCCAGAUAGGUUCGAUAGUCAUUUUAUUUCUAAAAUCUCUUUUUUUUUCGCGGAAAAAAAUUGAAAAGCCCGUCAAAGUUUUUAAAGAUUGGAAAACUUCAAAUCAUGGAAACUCUCCAAAGAUUUUAACUUACGGAGGUUCUGAAAAAUUUUUUCCGAAGUCAUGGCCACAAAAUAUCAAUUUUUGGCCGGUGCUCAAUUCAUGAAGUAUGAAAUUUUUCAAAUCUGAGCGGUCCUGCAGAUGAUCAUCGAAGUGCGCGACGACUUGGGUAACGCGGCGUCGAUCUUCUCGCGGAAGCAUCCGCUCUCGUGCUGGCUCAGCUCGAUGCUCAUGUGCUUCGCCGACGCCUUCCUCGCCAACUUCCUGCUCGGCGAGCCCGUCAUCGCUCCGUUCAAGCGGCACGAUGACGUCAUUUUGGUAAGGGUCCAGAUUGGAUUCUGAAAACGGGAGAUGGGAUCUACAAAGGCAAAAAGAAACUUUUUUUGAGGAACCUCAGAAGAAGCUGAAAAAAUGCUUAAAAAAGUUUUGAGUUCCGUUUCAAAGGAUCCUUCUCAAUUCCAUUGGGAUCAUUAACAUAAGAAGGGGGUCCAGAAGCUCUUUUCUAUGAAAGAAACUCAAAAAAGGAGAAAAAUUCUUUUUUUGCCAGAAAUGUUUCCUGUUUCACAUGAUUUUUUGGUUUUUCUCGCGUUUAUUUUAUCAUAAACUCACUAUCUAUUUUUAUAUAGGCAUAUUCAAAACUAGGAAAUUAUGUAAAAAAAGUCGAAAAAGUCGGGAAAAAUCGAAAUUUCACGGAUUUUUUUAUUUCUAUAUUUUGAAUGCCUAGAAAAUUUUCCGGUUUGACAUGUUUUUUCGGUUUUUCUCGUGUUUUGAUCAUAAACUCACUAUCUAUUUUGUAUCAGGGACAUUUAAAACAUGAAAAAAAGUCGGAAAAUUCGGAAACAUCCAUAGUAAAAAAUCGGUAAAAUCGAAUUUUUGGACUUGGUAAGAUUUUGUAUUGAUUCUUGGGAUUGAAAAAUUGGCUGAAAUUUGAAAGUAAAGAAAUAAAAAAACACUCUUAGGCCACGGUUGUAUGGUACCUUGUCUUCUACGCGCCUUUCGAUGGAAUUUACAAGCUUUCGAAGGUUUUGCCGGUCAAGUGUGUUCUGGCCAUCAUGAAGGAGAUCAAGCGGGCUUACAAGGUUUGAGGAAAAUUUAAAAAAAAAACUCAAACAAACGGUCAGGUCUCUCACGGCGUUUCCCACGCGGCCAAGCUUUAUCCAAACUCGUAUUUGGUCCAAGUUUUGGUCGGAACGGCCAAGGGAGCUGGUUCGGGCGUCGUCAGGACUUUGGAGCAGGUACAGAUUCACCUAUUCUUCAUAAUUUUAAGAAAAAUUCGAGAAGUUGGUUUAACCGGUAGAUUGCAAUGAAGCGCUGGUAAAGUGCAAAAAGGGUCCCCUAUAGGGGUCUUUCAAUUGCUGUUCCUGAAGGGACCACUAGGGACCACCUAAAUAGAAGAUUGAAAUGAAGCAAUGAUAAAGAAGAGAAAGUGUUCCCUAUAGGGGUCUUUUAAUUGCUGUUUUUAAGGGACCACUAUGGGGAAGGUAAGGUGGUCCCUUGAGGGUAUGCUACAAGAGCCCCUCUAGUUACCACUCAGGCAUUCCUAAGUACUCUAGACUUCAUAAUUUUGACUGUUUCAGUUGGUUCGAGGCGUAUGGCUCCCGACGCACAACGAACUCCUGCGGCCGUCUUUCGCCACGAAAGCUUGCGCCAUCGCAGCGACCGUCUUGGCCAUGGAGAAGAGCGGAAAUUACCUCUCCGUGCCUCACGAUUUGAUCUACCUGGUGAUUUGGAUUGGUAUUUAUUUGGCUCUAAACUCAUCUUGAAGUUUUUUUAACGGCAGCAUUUAGAAAGGAAAAAAAUUGAUUUUUAAAUUUUUCCAAGCCUAUUUCUUAUAAUUUCUCUAAAAAAAUUUUUUUAGUAUAGUCAAUGUUUCCCGACUUGAAAGGCGAGGGAGGCGGGGCAGGGGCGGGACGCGUAGCGUGUGCGUACGCGGUUCUUGGCGCCAGUUCAAUUCAAUCGCCGCCGACUAUUUAAAAAGCUCGGCCACCGCUCUUUUUUUCUGUAUUUUUCUUCUAUUUUUUUGAUGCACACAUGAACAUAAUCAAUAAAUAAUUAAAAAAACAAGUGAAAAAGAGCAAUAAAUAAGCUCUCUGAAUGCUCGCUAGCGGUUGAAUUGAACACGUGCCAAGGACCGCGAACGCACACGCUACGCGUCCCGCCCCUUGCCACGCCUCCCACGCCUUUCAAGUCGGGAAACAUUGACUAUACACAUUUUUCGGCUUUUCUAUUUCGAAAUUUUUAUACAACUGAAAACAGGAUUUCUAUAUAAAAAUGUGCAUGAGAUUGUACAAACUCGGAAUGGUGGAUAAUGGCCGCUAAAAGGCUCAAAAAAGGCUCCAGAAAGGCAGCAAAAAGGCUCCAGAAAGGCAGCAAAAAGGUUGCAGAAAGGCCGCAAAAUGGGUCCCUUUAUCGAGCCUUCCAUUUGUUUCUGUCACUUUAAAGGCUCAAGAAGGUAGAGGCAGCAAAAAGGGUGCAUAAGGGCCGAUGAAUUGGCGCAAAAAGACAGCAAAACAGGAACAUUUCUGGAGCCUUUUUCCACCCUCUCCGACUUUGCCUAUGAAUAAUGUUGUUCAUGCUAGAAUCUUAAUUUUUCGGUUUUUUAUAGAGUAUCAAAAUCACAUUAUUCUUCUCAGGUGAUUGUCGGCUUUUUCGUCUACUUCAAGUUGGCGGCCGUCGUUUUCCACGUCACUGAUCCGUUUGCUCCGAUUGAAAACCUCUUCUGCGCCGUUUUCAUGGGCGGAAUUUGGGACGCCGUAUCUAGGUAAGUUACGAAUUUCUAGAUCACUGUAAGCUUCUUUAAGAGUUCCUUAAGGGGCUGAUUAGGCAAAUAAUAUUUUCAGAGCGUUGGCUGCCUCGCGCGACCGCCGGGCUGGCGUCCAUACCAACGAAAACGGCGUGGUUUCUGGCGCCGAGAAGAAAGAACAGUAA